AUGAGAAUCAGCAACUUGGUUAUUGCGGCCUCUGCUGCCGGCAUGGUCAACGCUCUCCCUAAGCGUGAGAUGAAGAAGCGUGCUUCCUCUGGUUUCACCUUCUUCGGUGUUAGCGAGUCUGGUGCUGAGUUUGGUUCCGGCGUUGGUACUCUGGGAACAACCUACACCUGGCCUACGACCAGCCAGAUCCAGAUCCUGAGAGAUGCGGGCAUGAACAUGUUCCGUAUUCCCUUCCUGAUGGAGCGUCUUACUCCCGACAGCAUCACCGGCUCUUUUGCUUCUGCCUACCUUAGCGACCUCAAAUCGACCGUCCAAUUCGUCACUGACAGCGGAGCUUACGCCGUCCUCGAUCCCCACAACUAUGGAAGAUACAACGGAAACAUCAUCACUUCCACCUCCGAUUUCCAGACCUGGUGGAAGAACGUUGCCGCUGAGUUCGCUGACAACGACAAGGUCAUCUUUGAUACCAACAACGAGUACCAUGAUAUGGAGCAGUCCUUGGUCCUGAGCCUCAACCAGGCCGCCAUUGACGGUAUCCGUGCCGCCGGCGCCACGACUCAGUACAUCUUUGUUGAGGGUAACAGCUACUCUGGUGCCUGGACCUGGACCGAGUACAACGAUGACCUCUCCGGCCUGACCGAUACCGAGGACAAGAUCAUCUACGAGAUGCACCAGUACCUCGACUCCGAUGCCUCUGGUACCUCGGAGACUUGCGUCAGCUCCACCAUCGGUAAGGAGCGUCUUGAGAGCGCCACCGAGUGGCUCCAGACCAACAACAAGAAGGGUGUUAUCGGAGAAUUCGCCGGUGGUGUCAACUCCGUCUGUGAGGAGGCUGUUGAGGGCAUGCUUUCCUACAUGUCCGAGAACAGCGAUGUCUGGGUCGGUGCCUCUUGGUGGUCUGCCGGUCCCUGGUGGGGAUCCUACAUGUACAGCCUGCAGCCCUCCGAUGGCCCGGCUUACUCGACUUACCUUCCCAUCCUGGAGAAGUACUUCCCUGAUGGUGACUCUACCACCUCUGCUUCCAGCUCCGCUGCUACCUCUGUCGCUGCCGCCACCUCCGCAGCCACCUCCGCGGCCACCUCCGCUGUCUCUGCUGUUCAGCAGACCACCACCGCUGCUCCCCACCCUCAGGGUGCCCUCGCUACCAACGCUGCUGGCCAGGUCAAUGAGUAUUACCAGUGCGGUGGACUUAACUGGACCGGACCCACUGAGUGCGCCAGCCCCUACACCUGCGUGAAGCAGAACGACUACUACUACCAGUGUGUCGCCUCCUCCAACUGA